GAGAAAAGGAGGGGGGAAAAAAAACUCCGACUUGUCCCAAUCCCAACAUCCCAAGCGGCCAGCCUCCAGUUGACCCGUCUUCUUGAUUUUGUCACCCUUUUGAUUCAAGUUCAACCCACGAAUGAUAUCUCUGUCUGAACAUUCAUCCUAGGUAGUAAUUACCCAUAUGGAGAGUCCCGGGAUGAUCGAGCUUUUGAGCUUCGUCGAAGAAGCUGGCGACUUUCUCGGGUCGUGGAGAGGUUUCAGGAUUCGGGUUCUUUGAUGGGACGAAAGAAUCACAGGUCCGGCUCUGAUCACAGAUCCAAACAUCUCUUGCGUAGAUUCCUGCAAGAUAUGAAGACAAGAAGGAUCUUUGGCUUCUCCAUUUCCCUCAUUCUGAUCAACAUGGCCUCAAUAAUGGAGCGAGCCGACGAAAAUCUGCUCCCAUCAGUCUACAAAGAAGUCAGUGAAGCCUUCAACAUUGGGCCGUCCGAUCUCGGUUACCUCACAUUCAUAAGGAACUUCGUGCAAGGGAUAGCUUCGCCUUUGGCAGGUAUACUAGCAAUCAAUUAUGACCGCCCUACAGUUCUAACUAUCGGCACUCUGUGUUGGGCACUAUCAACUGCCGCGGUAGGCAUGAGCGAGCAUUUCAUGCAAGUCGCAUUCUGGAGGGCGGUUAACGGGCUUGGGCUAGCAAUCGUGAUACCAGCUCUCCAAUCUUUCAUAGCAGAUAGCUACCCGGCUGGUGUGAGGGGAGCAGGUUUCGGAUUCCUGAGUCUUAUAGGUUCAUUUGGCGGUGUUGGAGGCGGAGUUCUGGCAACAAUUAUGGCUGGUCAGGAUUACUGGGGCAUACCAGGAUGGAGAUGCGCCUUUAUCUUGAUGGCGACCCUUAGUUCACUCAUCGGAAUUCUUGUUUUCUUGUUCGUUGACGAUCCAAGGGAAGUGAACAGCUUCGCCCCCGAGUCUAGCAAGAGCCUAUAUGGAGGUGACUUAACAGGGAAGGGCUCAGAUGCGAAAUCGGUUUGGAUGGAGUCCUGGGCCGCCAUGAAAUCUGUAAUAAAAGUACAGACGUUUCGGAUAAUUGUAUUGCAGGGAGUCGUCGGGAUGCUACCAUGGACGGCCAUGGUUUUCUUCACCAUGUGGUUCGAACUGAUUGGUUUCAAUCACAAUAGCACAGCAGCGCUGCUCAGUCUAUUUGCCGUGGGGUGUUCUGUCGGGUCACUACUCGGGGGCGUCAUCGCUGAUCGGCUAUCAUUGCCAUUCCCUAACUCGGGUCGCGUCAUAUGCGCUCAGUUCAGUUCCUUCAUGGGAAUCCCCUUCUCCCUGAUCCUGCUCAGAGUGAUUCCGCAAAAUACCGACAGCUGGUUCAGCUUCGCCGUCACCUUACUCCUGAUGGGUUUAACCAUCAGCUGGUGUCUCACGGCGGCCAAUGCCCCCAUGUUUGCGGAGGUGGUUCCCGCCAAACACCGAACUAUGAUCUACGCAUUUGACCGGGCCUUUGAAGUUUCCUUCUCCUCCUUCGCUGCCCCGCUGGUUGGGAUUAUGUCAGAGAAGAUAUAUGGCUAUGAUGCGAAGUCCAUCAAUCCAGUCGGGGGUUCCACGAGGGAGGCUCUGGCCUUGUCGAAGGGGCUCCUGUCACUGAUGGCAGUGCCAUUCGGUCUCUGUUGCUUGCUCUACACUCCCUUACAUGUGGCCUUUGGGCGCGACCGCGACAAUGCCAGGAUUGCCAAUUCGAAAGACGAAGAGAUGAUGUGAAGCACAGUCACGGAAUUGGCAUGGCAUGAUCUUCGGCACAAUCGGUUGAGGUGAGGUUAUCAGGUGGACACGUUCGAAGCCUGGAACUUAUAGCUAUGGAGCGAUAGCACGGAACAAGAUUCACGACUGGUUUCGGCUUUUCGGGAGGAAUAGACCAUGUUUGUGGUCUGAAUAUCUAGAGCAUUGCAAAUUUUUUACCGGAAAACGUCAGUGCAGUGAAACGCAGGAGAAAGAGGCUUUGGUACAUGACAGUUCCGAAAAGUCUCUUAAACCUUCUUUUUCGCGGUCUCAGAAUGACCAUUCUUCAGAGGACUUGAGCUUGUAAAUCAGUUGCCUGAUAUGCUCCUUAUUAGAUUCCAGGAGUUAGAGCUUGUGAUCAAAUCAAGAUAUCAUGCAAACCCACCAAAAAUGAAAGAUGCAGGAACUGAAUGUCUUUCUUGACUGCUUCGCAGCCCCGUCCUGCACUGAACAUUCAUCUGAAA